AUGGAUAGAAGAAAUACAAUUAACAAUAGUAGCAUAUAUUUUUGCUACAACAACAACAACAACAAAGUAAAAAAUGUAUGGGAAUCAUGUCAUAAUGAUGAUGAUGAUGAUGAUGGAAAGUAUUAUUAUGUAGAUGAUGAGGGUUUAAUGAUGAUGGAAUGGCCUCCAAGGUCAUAUACAUGCAGCUUUUGUAAAAGGGAGUUUAGAUCUGCUCAAGCUCUUGGAGGACAUAUGAAUGUUCAUAGAAGGGAUAGAGCUCAAUUAAGGCAGCUUUCUCUAAUUACUCCUAAUUCAACCCCUAUCAAUACUAUUAAUCUUAAUCUUCCUCCUAACCCUUAUCAUAUGCUUUUCUCACCACCACCACUAAAACCAGCCAACAUCCAACCUUUACGCACAUCAUCAUCCAGUUCGGCUCUACGACCGUCGUCUCCCUUGGUAGUUGAAGCUUCUUCACCAUCUGAUCUUAUCACUAAACAACAAUUUGAGUGUUAUAAGAGACUAAACAAUUUGGAGAAAGCUCCUCCUAGUUCAUAUGGUGAACAAAAUUAUAGUAAUAUUGGAGGGUUUGGUUUGAAAAGUAAAGAAGGUUUGAACAAAAGAAGAGAGUUUUUUAGGUUGGAUUUGGAGAUGAAUCUCAAUGUUGCUGAUUGUGUUUUCAAAGAGGAUUUAGACUUGGAACUUCGUCUGGGUUACAACUGAUUUAUUCACAUCAAAUCAUCUUUAAUUUCGCUGCUUUCUUGUUCCUUUUUUUUUUUUUGCCCUGGCUGUUUUUGAAGAAUUAUUAUGCAUUUUAAGUAUUAUUUAUGUUCUUUAUCAUUGUAGUUAAAUACUACAGAUCUUCUACUUUACAAUUAAUGCUUUUUUCUGAGCUUAGUUUUCCCACCAAAUAUAUCUGUGUUGUUGAAAUGAUCAAUCACCUUGUUUCUUAGCACUGAUAGUUUGUUUAGCAUUAAUAGAACUAUCAACUUAGCUAAAGAAAAUAUUGAUUAGGUACUCCACUGGUUUAACUAGAAUGUCGUUAUUUAUAAUAAUAACCUAGCUAGUACUCCUAAGAAGUUAAACAAGCUACUGAGUGUUUUUAUCAGACGCACGUUGUCAAGGGUUCUAAAGCCCUUUUCUUGUUCUUAUAUUAUUACUAGUUUUGAAGCCCGUGCGUUGCACGGGUUGUUUUUUAUAUAUUUUUUUGUUAUUUUUUCUUAACAUUAUUGAUUUUGUGUGACUGUAAAAUGAGAUUUUUCAACACGAUUUGAUUUACAUACUUCAUCUGUUCCUUUUCCAUUGCAAUAAUCACCACUUUGGGCACUUUUACUUAUCUAUUUGGACCAAUCAACUUUUAGUAAAAAAAAAACAACUUUAAUUGUCAAUAUUACCUUUACUUUAUGUUAAUAGUUAGAUGGAUUAUUGGCUAUGAAAUUGCAUAAGAGAUUCUGAUUUGCAUAGUUGAUUCAUAAAGCUAGUAAAAUUCAUACCAUUAUAGGUAUGAAAGAGUAUAACCUUGAAUA